AUGAGUCAAUCAAAUGAGAAAGAAUUAUCACCAAAGAGUAACUUUAGAAAAGCGAUGAAGGAGAGAACUCAACAUCAGAAACCAAAAAAUAAACCAAGGCUGAGAAAUAAUCAUCAAAAUGGGGGAUAUAAUAGACGAUCAAAUCAACAACCUAAAACAAUCAAACAAGAAGAUUUGAUAUUAGCUAUUGCACAUUUACAAGAAUCAUAUACUCCACCACCCACCAUUUUUCCACGAGUUGAUUUAAAUAAAGUAUUGGAAUCAGUAGUUAAUGAAUAUCAAUACAAUUAUGAAAAAGUACUAAAAUUAAAUCCAAGAAUGACUGAUAAAAAUCAAAGACAAAAAUUUUACAAUGAUUUAAAAAAAAUUUAUGGUAAAAAAUCUAUAUUAUUUUCAAUAGAUAUAGAAGCUUGGGAAAUGAACACCAAGGAAAUAACUGAAAUAGGUAUUUCAAUAUAUGAUCCAAGAUUUUCAAAAUUUUCAAAUAUUCCACAUUUUCAAAAUAUUCAUAUAAAAUUGAAAGAAUAUUUACAUAGAUCAAAUGGGAAAUUCGUACCUAAUCAUUCAGAAAAUUUUAUUGGUGGGAAAACUAUAAUCUUAAAUAAGUAUGAUACUUUAGUAUUAAUUCAGUCGUUAAUUAAUUUUUUCUUUUUACAUCAACAGUCAGAACCAAUGAUUGAAAAAACAUAUUUAGUAGGUCAUGAUAUAAGAGGUGAUAUAAAAUGGUUAAAUCAAUUAGGUGUGAAAUUACCUCCACAAUAUGAUAUUAUAGAUACUUCAUUAUUAAUAAAAAUUUCAAAAGGUGGUAAAAAUCCAUAUUCAUUAAAAUCAACAUUGGAUUUUUUAAAUAUUCCAAAUGUAUUUUUACAUAAUGCAGGUAAUGAUGCUUAUUAUACUUUAUUAGCAACUUUAAAAUUUAUGGAUCCAUUUUUUAGAAUAUCAUUAAAUUUAGAUGAAUGUGAAGAUAUUACUCCAAUUUUAACUAAAGAAGAAAUUGCUGAAAAAAAAGAAGCUAAAAAACAAGCAAAAUUAGCAAAACAACAACUUAAACAAGCUGACAAUGUAAGACAAGCUAAAAUUGAACUAGAAAUAGAAAAAAAAAUCUUUGAUAUGAAGGAAUCUCCAGAAGUAAGAUUUCAAGAAAUCAAAAAACUUAAAGAAGAUAGUGCAAAACUUAAAGAAGAUAGUGCAAAACGUAAAGAAGAGAAUGCAAAAGCUAGAAAGGAAAGAGCUCAAAAACGUAAAGAUAAAAUUUUAAAUUCAAAUAUUGCAUCAUUGAUCGAAAUCAAGUCUGCAGUUGAAGCGUUCUCAUUUGUUUUUGAUCCAAAUUUUGGUAUAGUGGUAGAAAAUGAGAACUUGGUGGAAGAAGAAGAAGAAGAAGAACAAAAAGAAUAUGAAUAUGCAUAUGAGUAUGAAGAUGAUGAAGAUGAAGAAAGAAUAGAAACAAUUGGAUAUUUACAUAUUGACUGA